GGAAGCGGGGGCGGCGGGGCCGGCGCCGGGAGCGGGGCAGAGCCCCGGGAUCGGGAUGCGGCCGCGGCCCGGGACGCCGCCUCGUUGCCCGGAGCGACACCAUGCACCCGGCCGUGGCGGUGGGGCUGGUGUUCGGCGGCUGCUGCAGCAACGUGGUGUUCCUGGAGCUGCUGGCCAGGCAGUUCCCAGGCUGUGGGAACAUCGUCACCUUCUCCCAGUUCCUGUUCAUUGCUGUGGAAGGUUUCAUCUUCGAGGCCAACUUCGGCAGGAAGCGCCCGGCCAUCCCCAUCAGGAAUUAUUUCAUCAUGGUGGCCAUGUUCUUCACCGUCAGCGUGGUCAAUAACUACGCCCUGAACCUGAACAUCGCCAUGCCGCUGCACAUGAUCUUCCGCUCGGGUUCUCUCAUAGCAAGCAUGGCUCUAGGGAUCAUCAUCCUGAAGAAAAGGUACAGCGUGUCCAAAUACAGCUCCAUAGCCCUGGUGUCCCUGGGCAUCUUCACCUGCACCUUCAUGUCUGCAAAGCAAGUGGCGUCUGACUCCAGCUCAGAUCAAGAGGAUGGACCCCAGGCUUUCCUCUGGUGGCUGCUGGGCAUUGCUGCCCUCACCUUUGCCCUGCUGAUGUCUGCCAGGAUGGGCAUUUUCCAGGAGACUCUGUACAAGAGAUUUGGGAAGCACUCCAAGGAAGCUCUGUUCUACAACCACGCGUUGCCGCUCCCUGGGUUCCUGCUCCUGGCUCCCAACAUUUACCAGCACGCCGUGCUCUUCAGCCAGUCUGAGCUGUUCCAGGUGCCAGUGAUCGGCCUGACCCUGCCCAUCAUGUGGUUCUACCUCCUGAUGAACGUCAUCACCCAGUACGUCUGCAUCCGCGGCGUCUUCAUCCUGACCACGGAGUGCACGUCCCUGACGGUCACCCUGGUGGUGACGCUGCGCAAGUUCGUCAGCCUCAUCUUCUCCAUCCUGUACUUCCAGAACCCCUUCACGGGCUGGCACUGGCUGGGCACGGCCUUUGUCUUCGUGGGCACGCUGAUGUACACGGAGCUGUGGCACGGCCUGGGGCCGCUCCUGGCGCGCUGCUGGGGCCAGGGCCGGCCCAAGGAGCAGUGAGAACAGGGAAUUCCCGCUGGGAGCUGCUGGUUGUGUGCCAGAGCAGAGCAGCAGGGAGCCCCCCAGUCCAGGGGGUGUUUUUGUACCAGGGGAGGUGUUGGCUGUGCCAAGCUCCUGGGAGAAUGGGGAGCCUGCACUGGGAACUUGGGGAAAGGAUCAUGGAGAAACAAUCCGGGCAUUUUUUGCGAGUUGGCAUUUUUUUAGGCGACCCCUUUUGCUUCCUUUUUUUUUUUUUUUUUUUUUCCCCCAUUGGAAUAACCUUUUUUAAGGAGAAGCUGAUCCAGAGGUUUGUUGGGAGCCCAACUUCCAUGGCUGUUGGAUCAGCUGGACCCUGAGCCAGUUUGGUGCCGUCCUUUAAUAAUCUCAGUGUCUGGAGGUGACGGCUGAGCCCCAUUCCAGUGGCAAUCCCUGAUCCCUGUGCUGGGAGGAUGUGGGACACAGCCCCAGCUGGAGCUCCCAGUCUGCCCAGGGCACUCUGGAUUUCCCAUCCCUUGGGAUCAGCUUCCUC